AUGCAUAUAAGUUCUUUACGAUUUUAUUUAUUUUUAAAUAAUGUACCUCGAUUCAAUACAAAGUUUCUUAAGAUAGUUAAUUCAUUUUAUGAAUUUAGUACAAAAAAAUAUAAUAAUGAUGAAAAUAGUAGAAAUAUUGAAUCGGAUAAGAAAAUUCAACUGACCAACUUUAAAUUAAGUGAUAGUAGCUUAGAUUAUAUCAGUAGUGAUGAUUCAGACGAAGAGUAUGUAUUAGAAAGAGGAAAAUUAAAAGCAAAGGAAAAUAUUGAUAGUUGUGGAAAUAAUAAUGUAUUACAUAUGAAUAGGAAUUAUAUAGAUAGAGAGGAUCUAAAAAAUGAAAAAUUGGAACAUUUUGAUAUUAAAACUAAUUGUGUCAAGAAAAACAUAUGUUACAGUAAUGAUACUAAGUGUAAUAUGAUCAAUGAUGGUAAUAUUAAACCUUUUGAUAAAAUGAAUGAAACUUCUAAUAAUAAUGAAUAUUUAAAAAGAGAAGUGAAUAUAAAUAAUAAAUCUCUAAUUGAUAAUAAUUUAUGUAAAGAAAAUAGAAUGGAUAAAAUUUAUAACAAAUCUGAUAAUAUUAUAUACGAGAAUAUAAAUAGUGAUCAUUCUAAUAAUAUAUAUUAUGAAAAAAAUAUUUAUGAUACAUAUCAUAGUGAUACUAAUAACAAAUGUAACAAUAAUAAUAAUAAUAAUAAUAAUAAUGAAGAUAUACAAAAUUAUUUAAAAUCAAUGAUAAAAGAAAAUCAAAAAAAUUACUGUUGUAAUACAAAUAAUAUUAAGUCAUUAAAUGAUGAAUUAAGUAAAUUAGAAUAUUCAUUAAAACCAUCUAUAAAUGAUAUAAAUAAUAUGAAAAUAUUUUUAAAUUUUUUACAAAACGAAAUUAAUAAACAUUAUAAAAAUUCAUAUGUAACUCCAUUUGGAUCAGUAAUAAAUGGUUUUUGGAUGAGAAAUAGUGAUAUCGAUAUAUGUAUUCAAAUACCAAUAUUAUUGAACAGAAAAGAUCAGAUAACCUUUCUAAAAAAAAUUUGUUUACUCUUAAAUAAUUUUAAUAAUGGUAUUAUUGAACAAAGAUUUUCAGCUAAAGUACCAAUUAUCCAUUUUUAUUGUAAUAACCGUGAAAAGUCUUUUGAGCUAUCUUGUGACAUUUCUGUAAAUAAUAUAUUAGCAGUGAUAAAUUCAAAACUAAUUCAAAAAUAUGUAGCUAUAGAUAAACGACUACAAACUAUGGGUAUAGUCUUAAAAUAUUGGUCAAAGAUAAGAAAUAUUAAUGAUAGAUCAAAAGGAUUUUUAUCAUCUUUUUCUUUAAUUUUAAUGAUAAUACAUUUUUUACAAAAUAUUGCUGAACCAAAAAUACUUCCGUCACUUCAAGAUAUUUCUAUUAAAAGGAAUGAAAAACCAUUUUAUAUAAUGGGUGUUGAUUGCAAAUAUUGUCAAGACGAUCUUGUUAUUCGAGAUGAACUAAAACGAUUAAAUAAUAACAUACAUAAUAAUUUAUAUGUAGAUAUUUCUAAACUUUUAAUAGAAUUUUUUAAAUUUUAUGGAUACAAAUAUAAAAGUGGUAUUAUUGCAAUAAGAGAUAUAAAUGAUUAUUACCAAAAUUUUCAGACAUUAAAAAAAUUUGAAUCAUAUUUUCUUUUUGUAGAUAAUCCUUUUGAAGUAGGCAAAAAUGUUGCAAAUAUUUUCCCUUCCAAUUAUAAAACAAUCAUAAAUGAAAUGCAAAGGGCUUAUAAAAUUUUAAAAAAUAAUGGUUCUUGGAAAGAUGUAUGUAAUUCAAAAGAAAACUUUUUAUAUUCAUAA